AUGUCCAUUAACCUGCAUUCCACGCCCGACUAUGAUCCUUCUUACAAGCUAAUUCAGUUAACGCCAGAGUUGCUGGACAUAAUACAGGAUCCCGCACAAAAUAACCAAUUAAGGUUCAAGUCGCUGGACAAAGACAAGUCAGAGGUUGUGCUGUGCUCGCACGACAAGACAUGGGUGCUGAAGCAGCGAAAGCACUCAAACACAGUUCUGUUAAUGAAGGAAUUUGUCCCCGAGCAACCCAUUACGUUUGACGAAACGCAGUUGUUUGGGCUGUCCAAGCCGUACAUGGAUGUGCUAGGAUUUGCCAAGACCGAGUCGGAGUUCGAGACUAGAGAGACGGAGGGCCAUUUGAACCUAGAUUCGUUGCCAAUAUAUAACGGAGAGCUAGAUUUCCGCGAAAGGACUACGAAAAAGUCUUCCGCAAAGGUUAUUGCGACAGUGGAAGAGCUGCUAGAAAACUCACCCUGUUCUGCGCUCGAAGGCAUAUCGAAAUGGCACAAGAUUGGCGGGUCCGUUAAAGACGGUCUUCUAUGCAUUCUUUCCCAGGAUUUCCUCUCCAAGGCCUUACACGUGGUGCUGAUGAGUGUAAUGGCAGAAUCACUGGAUAUGCAGCACUUGCAAGUCGACGAUACCUAUCAUGCAGUGGGGAAGGACAUCGAGGACGAGUUCAAUCCAUACACAAGAGAAAUCAUAGGCACAGUACUGAAUAGAUUUGCCUUCCAAGAGCAAGAGCCAGAAAAUAGUGCGUGGCGUUUGAGAAUACCGUUCAUUGCCCAGUGGUACGGUAUUCAGGCGCUGAGAAAAUGUGUUUCAGGGACAAGCAUGCCAAUUAAUGAGUUCCUCAUCAAAUGGAAAUCUCUUUUCCCCCCUUUCUUCCCCUGCGACAUCGACAUCGACAUGCUCCGAGGCUACCACUUCAAACCUACCAAUAAGACUAUCCAGUACAUAGCGAAAAGCACUCUACCGAUGGACCCGAAGGAGCGGUUCAAAGUGCUGUUUAAGCUGCAGUCGCAAUGGGACUUGGAAGAUAUCAAGCCUCUCAUCGAAGAGCUGAAUACAAGAGGUGUGAAAAUAGACAGUUUCAUCAUGAAGUAUGCCCGUCGGAGAAGAUUGGGCAAAAAAACCGUAGUCACGAGCAGGUAG